UCACGAAAGUACAUGAAUGGCACCGGUUUUCACCAUAUUGUAAAUUUCCCAUCCCAGCAUCAUUUUCACUGUUUUUACAAAGAAUAAUUAUCAUGUGUUCUUGCUAUAUAUAUAUUUUUUAAAAAUAUUGUGUUUUUGCGUUAAUAAUUUCAGCCUAAAGAAACCAUACUUUUACCAAAAUGGUCGUUUUUGUGCCGUGUUUGUGGCGUUUUUUUAGAUUUUGAAUGUGGCGGCAUUUCUCACCAGUCAUAAUAUUUUUACAACAACCUCUGCCCUACACCCCAAAUGCAAUAUGAAAAGUUCGUAACUGGUGAACGCUGCCGCCACAUUAAAAAAAAGAAAAUUAUCGCAUCCGUUGGUCGAUUUUAACUUUUUCUGGAGGGCAAAUCAGGCAUGUGGAAUUGUUAUGCUUUUGAAUUGUUUGCAGUUUUCCACGCAUGUGCUGUAUAUUUGAAAUAAACAUAUAUUAUAUUGUCAAAGAAAUGAUACUUAAACAGUUAAGAAAACAACAUCAACGAAAAAACACUCUCCCGACAUAUGACGAUUCCAUAGCAUAUUUUAUUUCCCACUAUUUUUCUUUGCGGUAAAAAGAAAAAAGCGUCUGUUAGCAGCGUUCGAUGUCACAACGAUGUAAAUAAAGUAGACACUUCGUUUAUAAGGAUCUGAUAAACUCUACAUGGUACCAAUGGGGUAUUGGUGUAAUGGAUAGAGCGCCUGACUUCAAAGUCGGAGCACGGUGGUUCGAGUCACACCAGGAUGCCAGGAGUACGGCUUCCAUUCCAGUGUGUUGUAUGUAAAACACGGACAAAUCCAAAAAAUAGACGUAAAAUAAAUUCAGAACUUAAGCAACUGAUACUUAAGCGCCUGCCAAUUGAAUUGAAGGACACGGAUGUACUCUGCAACAAAUGCCGUAUAAAGCACUUUUACAAGCUAUCACCUGUUGAAAAUUUCGAUAAUAAACUCAUUGACCAAAGUGACAAUGAGGAAUAUCAACCUCCAGUAUCAAAGAAAACCUCAUUUGCUAGCCCUCCAUCCGUUAGACUGAAUAUCCCCUCAACACCCAAAUCUCAUUCACGGUGCUUUAUUUGUAAGAGACCUGGACCCAAGCUUAUAGUUGUGCCAUCAGAGGCAAGAUUCACAGCUUUUGUUCAGCGGAAUGUAAUCAUCAAAAGUGGCACAAGAUGCUGUCCGGUCCACAUGGAUGAAUCCCAAAUAAAAGAUGAAGCCCUCCAAUCUGUCAAGGCAUCUGAAUCUGCAUUUGUAAACCGUGCAACUGUGUUGGAACUAUUGAACAAGUUGAGGGCAUCAUGUAACAAGACCCAAAAACGAUUUGACUUCAACACGCUGAACAAUGAGGAAUAUGUUGAUCUCACCGGACUUAACAAGGAGGCCAUUCGGGAUAUUUGUGCUGGUGUGGAGGGACAUAUCCGUAACACCCCUGUCAGAGAUAUUCUCACAACAGUCGGAAUUUUUUUCUUUAAAUUAAAAUCAGGACUUUCAAAUACUAUUCUGUCAAUUAUAUUUGGUAUUUCCAAAUCAAGUGUUCGAAGAGCAAUCGCUACAACAAGACAAACUUUAAAGGAAAACUUUGUACGUCUCAAUUUAGGAUUUAACCAUAUUUCAAGGCAAAAAGUAAUUAAUCAACACACACGCCAACUCGCCCGAUCGUUGUUUGUUGAUGAAGCUGGAGACAGUUCACGUCUGAUUUUAGUGUUGGAUGGAACAUACAUAUAUAUCCAAAAAAGCCAAAACCAUCAUUUCCAACGCAGGUCAUACAGCAUGCACAAGGGGAGGCCACUUGUUAAGCCAAUGGUGAUUGUAACAACAAGUGGCCAUUACAUGUCUGUACUUGGCCCUUACCUGUCUGAUGGAAAGAACAAUGAUGCAAAAAUCCUCAACCAUAUCAUCAAUACAAACGUUGAGGAUAUCAAAUCGUAUGUCCAUCCUGGUGACAUAUUUGUGGUGGACAGAGGGUUUAGGGAUUCCCUGCAGCUAUUAGAGGAUCUGGGAAUACAGUCAAAGAUGCCUUCAUUUUUGCCAAAAGGCGAGACCCAGUUCCAAACCGAGGUCGCCAACACUAGCAGGCUUGUCACGAAGAUCAGAUGGGUGGUUGAGUCUGCCAACGCACGGCUCAAGAGAUGGAAAUACUUAGACAGAGUAUUACCUAACAGCCAGGUUCCAUUUAUUGGCGACUUUGUGCAAAUAAUUUGUGCCGUUUGCAACAAAUAUCUUCCGCCACUUUCAUCUUCAUGCUCUGAUGAUGACAGACUCGCACAACAUAUGCUGCAGUUAGCAACUCAAGAGAACUCUCUGAAAACUGAGAUUGAGGAGAGCAAUCUCGACAAAAGUCGAGCCGUGUGGGUUCCAGUUUCUGACACUGAUCUUGAAGACUUCCCUCGGCUCACUGAGGACAUACUACGGACCCUCACAUGUGGUGUCUAUCAGUUGAAGCUUUGCCCUGGAUACAUCCAAGAACACCUUGAGGGCGAUGAAGACAUUCGUGUACACAAAGAAAGAAGUGGGCUAAUUCGUGUGCGUUUACAAAGUCGUCAUGUCUCGGCGAAACAAUACAAUCUUUGGAUUAAAUUCAACAAUUAUGAAAUUCUUGGUUGGUAUUGCAAAUGUAGAUCUGGUUCAAGGAUAGUUGGAAUGUGUGCACACUGUGCAGCAGUGAUUUGGUACUUGGGUUAUGGAAAGCACAGAUUUUUGGGUGCUCUUGGUGUUCGUGACUGGAGUGAAUAUGUUGAUGAUGCUAGUGUUGUUCCACCAACAGUUGAUAGUUCAGACUCGGACAGCGAUUAAAUGGCGCAGCAUUUA